AUGCACAGGUCAGAUUUUGACCCAGACAAGCUGCUGUUUGGGUCCCUUGGAAGCCCGUUGUUUUUGAACUGGAAGAUGACAUCUCUUCUAGCCAUGGAAGUUCACAUGUCCCUGCUAACUUGGUGGCUGACACAGCAGGUGACCAGCCUGACAGAGGACUUUCAGCUGGACAUGGCUUCCAGUGCUUUUGAUGAUCAGUAUGAGGGCUGUGUUGAUGAAAUGGAGGCAGAGGCACCCAAGCUAUUAAAAGAAGAGUUGAACAUGAACACACUAUUGAAAAGCGAAUGGGAAAUGGCAGAGAAAAAAUGGAAGCAAAUAAAGAACAGAAUAAACUAUCCAAAAAGUUUCAAUGAUUUCCACGGAACAGCUGUCGUGGCCUAUACGGGGUGCCUUGCAAUUCAUUUUAACAAAGCUGUAAGAGAAUUCCAUCAAAACUCACAUACCUUUCAGUACAAGGCCUUCCAUUAUUACUUGACAAGAGCGCUUCAGCUUCUCAGGACUCAGAGUUGUCCCACAGUUUAUAGAGGCUCUAAGACCAAAUUUUCUUACAGUAGAACAGGAAGGGUACGAUUUGGACAAUUUACUUCAUCAUCUUUGAAUAGAAAUGUAGCUGUUUCUUCACAGUUUUUUAGUUAUGAUGGGACACUGUUUGUCAUCAAAACCUGUUUGGGUGUUAAUAUCAGAGAAUUCUCUCUCUAUCCUCUUGAAGAGGAAGUGUUAAUUCCAGGGUAUGAGGUGUACCACAAAGUCACUGUAACAGAAACUAGUAAGAAAUACAAUGAAAUUUUUCUUGAAGAUCCCCAAAGAAUGAAGAGCAACUUCAAUUGCUUCUAUAGUAGUUCUGCUAAAAAUCCCAAUGAACAAGACAGCAAUUUCAACAGCUCAGGAAGAAAAGGCCCCAUGUUCCUGUUGCUGCUGCUGCUUGGUCUCCCUGUCCUGCUGUCUGCCCCUACUGAGCUGUAA